AUGUCCCAUCACUCAGACCAUAGUAUUUUACACCACCCACACCACAGCAGCUCCCAUCACUCAGACAACAGUAAUUCCCAUCAGUCAUACCACAGAAGUUCCCAUCACCGAAACUGCAGCAGUUUCCAUCACACAGACCACAGUGGAAGUUCCCAUCAUUUACACCACAGAAGUACCCAUCAUCCAGACCGCAGUAGUUCCAAUCACCCAGACCACAGAAGCUCCCAUCACUUACACCACAGUAGUUCUCAUCACCAAAAACUUUCCAUAACCCACACCACAAUACAUGAAAAUUUAGUGGCUGCUGAAAAGAAUUGUGAGCUUAUUCUAGGCCUAAAAGGAAAGUUUAAUUUCAACUGUAGGGAGGCAGGUUUCCUGCCAGGUUGGGGAAUCGGGCCUCGGGAGGACCAGAGCCAGAAGGCAGAGGGGUCACAAGGAGUCCCAGGGAAACCAUCUCUUAAGGGCAGCUUUGACAGGGGAAGGACCACCUCAGAGGCUGCUUCCCUUGGAGGGAGGCAGGUUUCCUGCCAGGUUGGGGAAGCGGCCCUGGGGAGGACAUGA